AUGUCCUACUACGUUGCUCCAGGCCAGCAGCGCACUCUCCGCGCGUGCAUGGUCUGCUCCCUCGUCCAGCUCCAAAGCAAAUUCGUCCGCGAAGGCUGUCCCAACUGCGACCAUGUCCUGAGUCUCCGCGGCAACAGCGAAGCCGUGCAGGAGUGCACGUCACAAGUCUUCGAGGGUCUGAUCGCUCUAUCUGAUGUGCGCACCAGCUGGGUCGCUCGAUGGCAGCGGUUGGAAGGAUACGUUCCUGGAACAUAUGCAGUUAAAGUGGUUGGAUCGCUACCAUCAGAAGUAGUCGCGAGUCUAGAAGAUGCGGGUGUGAAAUACAUUCCACGCGAUGGAAGCUCCCUUGAAGAAGAAGCGUAA